CAGAAAGACAGAAGGAGAGUUAGGAAACAUCGGAUCAACAGCGUGGACAUACCAUACAGCAGCGGCAGCAGCAGCAGCAGCAGCAGCUCAAGAUCAGGACUUUGGACAGCGCAGCUGCAAGAGCCAAAGCAGACAACUUUCCCAAGAACACAUGUGUAAAGCGAUGUUACAAAGGACCGGUCCCCACCUGCUUCUCCUAAUAGCCCUGUGCAGUGUCUUGUACUCCCAGACUCUGAGUCUGCCAUACACAUCCAUGAGACCGACGAGACACGCAGACGGUCUAUUCACCAGCGGAUAUAGCAAACUCCUCGGACAGCUAUCAGCGAGGAGGUACCUGGAGUCUCUGAUUGGAAAGCGGGUCAGUGAUGAGCUGAUGGAAGAGCCAGUGAAACGCCACUCAGAUGCCAUCUUCACAGACAACUACAGCCGCUUCCGCAAACAGAUGGCUGUCAAGAAGUACCUGAACUCAGUCUUAACAGGGAAGAGAAGCCUAGAAGAUCCCGGUGCCAGCGGCCCAGAGGAGUCCAGGGAUGAACCCAACACCUUCCAGGAGAGCUAUGAUGACAUCAACGUAGAUCAUCUCCUCAACAACUUUCAACUGCCCCUUUGAGGAGGAGCCCGCGCUCAAGUCAAUACCUCAAGCCACCUUCAUGAAACCGCUCAUUCAAAGAAAACAACACAGUAUUAAUCCAAAGGACAUUUGAAAGUCAGCUCAAGCAAUGAUGAUGUGUUCUCCAAUGUGGUUAUCUAUCUAUCCAUCCACACAGUACAUGUGUACACUGUAUAUAUACUGCAUAUAUACACCAUAUUCCUCACUAAAGACUUUGGGCCACACUGAGCAACGUGCGUGUCCAUGUGCAGUUUUGAUUGAUUAGCAUUUGACGUCGGCAACUGGCAACAGCAAUUAUAAACAGGAGUAGCAGGUUUAGUUUCUUUCUGAGAUUGCUGUUGUUCCUCUCGCAGUGAAAGUGUUCUUCUGGAGCCACUGUUAUAUUAAGUUUAAAAGACAUUUGUCCCAUCAACUUUCUUUCAGACGUUUUACUCAUUGAAAAUUCAUGGGCAGAAGUCAAUCAGUUGUAUCCAUUGAGUUUCAGUGGUUAUAUUAAAACUUUAGCAUAAAUGGCCAAAUGUGUAACUUUGAAUGUUUUUACUAAAAAAGCUAACUUUCAACUGAAAACCUGUCCAACUAUUUUUUCGUUGAACAUUGGCCUCAUUAGUUUUGGGGCAAAUGGAAAAUGUUUAUUUUCAGUGGAAUCUUUAAGCCAUUGACUUUCAGUAGAGUUUUGGCUUCAUGGCUUUGGGGUAGCAUUAAUUGUGCCACUGACUUCAGCUGAACCAUGUCCUGAUAGCUGUUAGUAGAACAUCUGUUGUAUAUAUUUGAAUUAGAUGACAUAAAUUGUGCCAUUGACUGUGCCCGCCGAGUCACAUUUUUUUCUAUAUAUACUUAUUUUCAGUUAAUAUGUUUUAACAUUUUCUUUAUUUAACAAUUAUUUAACACAGAGAAUGUCAAUGAAUAUGUUUACUUUAGGUUCUAGUGGCAAAUACCUUUGAAAAUAAGCAUAUGUGUGAAUAACUUCUGACAUAACUCAUUUUAAAACAAGAUCCAUUAACGUUUAGUGAAAUUACUGCUUGAUAACAUACUGUAUGUUACAUGACACAGUAAUCCAAUAGAACAUCAGUCAUAUUUUCUUUCAAGGAAACUGUUAUCUUUAUGUUCAAUGGAUAUAUUUCCAAAAAUAAUAUCAAUCAUACAGUUAUUCCAAUAAAUGUGGUUAAUUUAACCUGUUGAACGUCUAUAGGAUUACAUUCAUUUAGGUAUUUCUAUUCCAUUAUCUUUAAUUGAAACAUUGCUCCGACUAUCUUUAAAUGGACAUCCGUCAGAUUUAUUUUUGACAGCAGUAGUGCCACUGACUUCACUGCUUUAUAGAAAUUCCAUUGCUCUGGUUUGCUAGUUGCACAUCAUUACGAGGGAACAUUUGAGUUAGGAUCAUUAGGAUGCUCACUUUCAACAGAUUUACUUGGGACAAUAAAUUUGGUUGUACUGAAUUCAAAUGAAACUGUUGUCCCAUUCAUUUUCAACAGUGCAAUCACUGAGAAUCUAUAUGUAGUCUUUUGCUGAUUAAAAAAUGGGAUUCAUAGACAGGAGGAGCACAUUUUGAGAGGACACAGAUGAAUAUAACCACUUUAUACUAAUCAAUAUGUAGAGGAAAGAAGUUAUAACUGUGCAUAGGCCUGCCUUUAGUGCAUAUAGUGAUGUACACCACUCACCAAAUAAAAGAUUUUGGUUUAUUUUUCAAAGCUGA